GGAACCUGGUCCACAGAGUAACAGGUCGGUGUCAGCAACGAUUUCAAAAAUCCCUGGUGUCAGGAAGUAAAGAGAGUGAGGAUGGGAGGGGCGCGAGAAUUUGCCGAGGCACCACUCGCGGCGACGCUCGCUUUGCUGGGAAGGUGGAGGGAUGCUGCCGCGCCCACCUCGCCCCGCGUCACCGCGGCUUCCGGAAGCUCCACGCCCCUCCGUAUUCGGGCUCCUCCGAGGUUCCGGAAAAGCACGACGGAGCGGGCCGAGCGCUCACCGGCCGGCCCCCUGGGCGUAGCAGGGGGGCUGGGGCUAGGCAAGCGCUUUGUUCUGUGGUUGGUUCUCGCGCUCGCGGGCGCGCAGGAGAGGCGCUGGGCAGGGCUGGCGCGCGCGUCCUGGGGAUCUGCGGGGGCGGCUCCGCCUCCAGCCCGCGGCGAAGGAGCCGGCGCGAGCCAGUGCCUCCAAAGCAGUCUCGGGACCCCCCAGCCCAGGCGCCCGGCGGAGACACAAAGGCUGGCGGGGUGUGGGAGCAACUGGGGAGCCGGCAAAGGGAAAGCGAGAGGCCCGGGCCAGGCCAGUGCCUGAGUGAAGGCACCCUCCCGACCCCAGCGGUACCCAAGCCUGCCCUCGUGGGCCUGCCUAGCCCAGCCCGGCGCGCCACAGCCAUGGCCAUUGCCCACCUGGCCACCGAGUACGUCUUCUCGGACUUCUUGCUGAAGGAGCCCUCGGAGCCCAAGUUCAAGGGGCUGCGGCUGGAGCUGGCCGUGGACAAGAUGGUCACGUGCAUCGCCGUGGGGCUGCCGCUGCUGCUCAUUUCGCUGGCUUUCGCGCAGGAAAUCUCAAUCGGUACCCAAAUAAGCUGCUUCUCCCCCAGUUCUUUCUCGUGGCGUCAGGCUGCCUUCGUCGACUCUUACUGUUGGGCGGCCGUCCAGCAGAAGGACACCUUGCGGGGCGACUCUAGAAACCUCCCACUGUGCCUGCAUAAGUUUUUCCCCUACAUCCUGUUAUUGGUGGCGAUCCUCCUGUACCUGCCCUCCCUCUUCUGGCGGUUCACAGCGGCUCCUCAUCUUUGCUCAGACCUGAAGUUUAUCAUGGAAGAACUUGACAAAGUUUACAACCGUGCAAUUAAAGCCACAAAGAGCGUGCAUGACGGUGACUUGAGAGACGGUGCCUGCCCAGCUCCGGACGUUAAGGAGUACACGGGGCAAAGUGCGUGCGAGAUAUCAGAAAGCCACUUCAAGUACCCAAUUGUGGAGCAGUACUUAAAGACAAAGAAAAGCUCCAGAAAUUUAGUUGUCAAGUACAUCACCUGUCGGGUGCUGACACUCAGCAUCAUACUGUUAGCAAGCAUCUACCUGGGCUAUUACUUCAGCCUCUCCUCCCUCUCGGAUGAGUUCAUCUGCAGCAUCAAAUCCGGCAUCCUGAAAAACGACAGUGCUGUCCCCGAUCGCUUCCAGUGCAAACUCAUCGCCGUCGGCAUCUUCCAGUUGCUCAGUUUCAUCAACCUCGUGGUGUAUGUCCUGCUGGCGCCCGUGGUGAUCUACACGCUGUUUGUUCCGUUCCGACAGGCGACCGAUAUCCUCAAGGUAUAUGACGUCCUGCCCACCUUUGGCGUUCUGCAUUUCAAGUCUGAAGGGUACAAUGACCUGAGCCUCUACAUUCUUUUCUUGGAGGAGAAUAUCAGUGAACUCAAGUCAUACAAAUGUCUCAAGAUCCUGGAGAAUAUUAAAAGCAGUGGUCAAGGCAUCGACCCCAUUCUUCUCCUGACCAACCUCAGCAUGAUCAAGAUGGACAUGGUUGAUGGCAGAAAUCUCACGCCUGUGGAGAUGAUGGCAGAGGAGCAGGAGGACCAGACGGCAGAGCUCAAAGAUUUGAAUGUACACAGUGAAACAAAGAAUGGAGAGAAGAAUGCUCGACAGAGGCUUCUCGAUACUUCUUGCUGAUGCUUUUUCUCCAUGAACCAGGGUUUGCAGUCCUGGUUCUCAGCAGAGAUACUGAGCAGAACUUACUGAGUCUCUGAUAAAAGUGAUGGGCAACGGAACACUGCGGAAGGGUGGUUGGUGAACUUCCCACGAGGCAACGUGGAGAUCUUUAAGCCACAGCAGGUGGAGAUGCGUAAUUCCUCAUCAGACGGAAAGUAGAAAGACUAAUCCAAGUGAGCGCAGUAGCCCUUUUAGAGCCUCCGAGAAACACCUUUCUGUACGAUGGCGCAGCAAACCUCAGAGCUACUGGGCUGCAAGGACUUGGGAAGCUUGUUUGUUUUAUUUUAGGAAAUAAGAAAAACCAAGUCAGGGUAGGAAACAAUAAUAAACAAGUUGGGGGAACAAUGUAAUAUGAAUCUCCUCUCUGUGCCCUAAUGACUCCGGGGCAAGGAAACCUUCCCUGGCUGACUGCGGAGCCACGGGUGGACCUGCUUCGGGGGGCCUUGGCCGUCAGGAGGGUUGCCGGAGCCUCGGUUCUCCGAGACCAGGCUCUUGACCUGCUGCCGUUAUCCUCGGCCCACUGAAAUCCUCCAACUCCUGUGUGAUGCCUUCCGCUGCGAAGGGCAGCAGACCCGAGCACUGCUCUGACUGCGAGCUUCUUUAGUAAGACAGCGUCCAAAGGAUCUUCCAUUGUGACUUCCAUAGAGGAAGGGAUGCUCUGACAGAGCCCGGUGGGGAGAGCUGAGUAUUCAGAACAGGUUAAUCCAGUUGCUUUGGAAGAGGUGGUCAGCAGAGUGUUCCUUGGUUAUCAGAAGCUUACAAGACAGUCUGUUACCUAACUUCACAGAACGCAGAGGCUUCAAGUGCAGGACGUUUUGCCCCUCGGGAUCCGAACGUGUGAAUGACAUCUGCCCUACGGGUGCUCGGAGCCAGAACACCUUCGCAGUGUGUUUUAUUUAUGUUGAAGAACAUGUUUCAAAAACUCAUUUUAACUUAGAGUUGUAUGAUGUCAGAAUCGAGGCCAUGUGCAAAGAGCAUUCUGGCAUUGAUGGGAAUCAGAGAAUGGAUGUUACAGACAGGUCUGUGGCAUGACACCCAAGCAUUCGUUCAGAAACAUUUAAGGCCGACUUAGAAUAUCAAAAAACUUAUUCUAAUUCCGAUCGUGUAAAUGGAUCCUGUGUUUACAUUUUAUACAAAAUUCUUAAAAAUGACAUCUGUGGACCUCGCUGUUUUUUUUCUUAGUUAAUAAUUCAUUGCUGGUGAAUAAUCCUUAGGAGCCUCAAAGGUGAUGUAUGGCUGUGAGGACAGUUGUUUGCCUGAUCUAAUUAUUGUUUACCUAAUCUAAUUACAUAAGCUGCCUCUGCCCCUCAGAAUAUUCACAAAAGCAGAGUUUUAUUUGUGCUUCUGUGAUGGUUUCUGAGAUGAAAAGCUAAGGAUAAAUAGCCAGGUGCAAUCGGUGUUUUAAAUUAUUCUUACUGCAUGAUAUUUAUUACCAUCGAAUGGUAGUGUGACUUUGAAAUGUCAAUAACCUAAAUAGUCAAUUUUGCACCAUUUUUAUAUCAUCGUAUCUGAAAUAUAUUUUUCUCUUCUUUUUUUCCUAUCCCCCAAAGCCUCAGCUUCUCUAUAGGCUGUCCCUAAUUUGUAGUGUGGAGUGCUAAAAGUGGAUACAUUAUUUUAGGAGACCGGGAACUCUCUAAACCCAGUCACAGGUGAUUCUUUAAUUAGAAUGAAUAGAAUUGGAGCCCAUAACCUCUGUGCGUCUUCUGCAUCCCUACUCUCUGAGCUGCAGUAGCAUCUGUGAUGUGCCAGGUGUCACGCCAGGUCCCCAUCUUUGAGGCAUUCAGGGUCUCGUAAAAGGCAGUGAAGACAGAGGUUCCAAGAGGAAGACUAACCACAGUGAAGGCCCUUCCAGAAAAAGGGCCACAGUGAAGGCCCUUCCACACAGGCUCUGCCCUCUUGGGAGACACCAUAAUGCCUUACCUUUCUCAUCGUUUCUGUCGAAGAAGCUUUGGAAAGUCUCAAGUUACAGUUUUCCCAGAGGUUCUUUGGCCACGGAUCCCCUGGUCUGAAGCUUGAAUAAAACAAUCACACAGACAGUGAUUUUGAAGAGGAAGCGCUCCCGUCCCCUUUUGUACCUUGUCUUGCAGGGUGUGGAGAACACAGGCCUGUGGGGACAUGACAGCGUCCACGAAUAGUCGUGGCUCCAGGAGGCUGAUGUGGGUGUCUGGUCAUACCUUUUUGCUGGCGAAGACGUGUCAUUAGGAAAGUUCAGUCCUCUGUUCACUGCUCUCUUAGAGGGAGGAUUACUUUUUUUCCAAGUUUUCUUGAAGUUAAUUGACAAGGUUGUGAUCAUUUGUGCUGUACAGCAGACUGGCCCGUCGUGCAUAUACACAUAUCCAUUCUCUCCCCAGAAUGAGGGGUCAGCCAUGGCUUCAUUAAAGGGGACAAACAGAUCCUAAAUGGCUACUGCCAGUAGACCGUCACUCUGUGGCUGUGUCUUCCUAAUAACCCACUGCAAAGCCUCGAAGCCAGCCUCGUAACCCAGUGUUGUGGCUGGGAUCAUUGUGACAGCAGUGUCCAUGUCUCAUUUUACCAGGGGACAGGCAGAGACCCUCUGAUACAGCAGUUUUUAAACUUUGGAGAAGUUACAUGCCCCCUUGUAAAUAUAUUUCUUAUUGCUGUAGAGCCUCUCCUCAGAUAUAUACACAACACUAAAUAAAACCUCCGGGGUCAUUGUGAUCCGCAUGCCCCAGCUUAAGGAGCUGUGUUCUGAUCGCCGGGGCCAAGCCGCAGGGAGGCUCCCGUGGCCCUUGCGGAGAGCUGCUGCCUCCAGCACUAAGUCUCCACUGGAUAUUUACUUAGUGAAACCAUGUUUGCACACUUUUGAGUGAAUUGUCCCUUUUGAGUAACGUCAUUUUCUCGAGUCAGACUGAAAAAGUCAAUUAAGAGAGCGAGUGAGUGGCUGGUGGUAAGCUUGGAGCGAUCAGGCAGCCAGCAUCGACCGCUCUUCCCACUCUGGCCACCAGGCAUGAUUUUAUCCCAGACCCAAGUCAUUGUCCCUGUGCAGCUGGCCUCCCUGGAAGGCAAGGAGGAUAGGCACACACCUGACCUGUAAGAUGCUCAGUCCUGCUUUGUCGUCAUCCUGGGAGACAGCUGGAAACAUCCCGUCAUAGGGCGGAUCCUGCUGCAUGUUCCUUUCUCUUGUGGAGGUUUCCUGUUCUGAGGACCCUCUCCUAUCCAAGAAUGAGCUAAGGGGUGGGGGUUGGGGGUGGGUGGGAUGGAUACCAGGAGCCUUGUUCCCAUGAGAACUAGUUUGUCUCUUAAAGGUGGAUGAUUGCACAGCUUUUUAAAUGCAACCAUGUUGGCUUCUUUUGCUUCUCUCUGGGAUACACUGAAGAUCUCUGAGGGUGAGAGUUUGCAAUCCACUGCUGUAUCGCAAGCCUCUGAAAAACAGUGACAGGCAUGUAAUAGGCAUUCUGUAAAUAUUUGAACAAAUGAACGUGCCAUUAGAAUAAAUCCUGGUGUGUUGGCAACUGUGGUUUGAUUUUACAACCCAAGUGGUCCUUUGUAGGACCGGGCGGGGGGCUCAGCCUCUUGGAGAGAGGAAUAGUGCUGGUAAUGACAAGGUUUCCACAUGUAAGUAGUGACAGCUGCUGAGCUUUUUAUAGAGUAAGUUGUGAUCAUUUUCCAAGUCCAAUACAAGUUCACUGUUGCCUCUUAAUGAUGAGGGCAAUUGAAAUUAGAAAGGUCCUGGCCUUGGUAAUUUCCCAGAAUAACCUCUUGAAAAGGGAGGUUGAUUGACAUGUGCAGUGAUGCAUAAUUGAGGCUUCCUCUGAGGCCACUAAGAUGAGAUGGCUCCUCCUAGGCAGGCAUUGGCAUUUUAGCCCUGUUUUUCCCCAGCAAAGUGAAACCUUUAAAAAAAAGCCUGGCAAAGAUGCUCUUGUGUCAUUUGUGGAAUGUGAUAGAUGUGAAUCCGUGAUUGGUUUGUUCUGCCUGCAGUAGAUGAAAUGUAUUAUGUUUCUGGGUUCUCUUUUUAGCUCUAAAAACACUCUGUCCCUUAAAGCAUGUGGUUUGAUCCGUCACGGGUCUUCAAGUUCCUGCAAGUUCUAAGUUUCUCAAGCCUUGAGUGCUUUCCCCCUGCCCCACCAGAGGAGGGAGCUUCCGCAGUGUCACAAGUUUCCUGCAGAAUCCAAAGCCAUCAGCUCCUCUUUAGUAAGGUGCCUUUUUUCAAACACCCGAAACUCCAGUUCAGUGGCAUUCUCUAAGGUGGUGUUUUCGGCAUAAAUUCUUUUUAAGUGACUACAUUUCUUCAAAACAUUUAAGAAAAGUAUGUAUGUCCUUUUUGCUGUGUCCUUUGGGAAGAACGAUUGGUUUCUGUUCCACAGAGACUGAAAGAUAAGAACCAAUUACAGUCUUACAAAAUGACUUUCGAAAAAGCACAAGAACCUCACCAGCCCUGCAUUUGGGUGGUUAUCCCUGUUAGAUUUCAUAGUUCCACCCAAGUCAACUGUCCAGUUUCGACAUUCCGGCCACGCUGACUUCCUCAAAGGAGGGUUGAGAAGGGUGAACAUUCAGGCUGCGGUGUCUACAGAUCAAAGUGAAACAGUGUUUUUGUUUGGCCAUGUUGGGUCCACCUAAAUAAAAUGUCUCUGAGUGAUGAAAAA